AAUCAGACCGACACCCUGCUGCUUCAGACCGCUUUCCUCUGCCCCGGAACAGAGAUCAAACCUGUGACAGUCUGUCCGAGCUUCAGUGCACCGUUCAGUGCAUGUCUGCAGGUUUAUAGCCCCCCUCUCACCUGAGGACCCGACUUUCUCCAAACUGGAUUCCCGGAGCUCCUCACCAUGCCUGCCCGGGUUUAGAUUCUCCAUGGAGCUCUCUAACUUGUACGAGGUCGCACCCCGACCCCUGAUGAGCAGCCUCAACCACGGCCAGCAGCCCCCCUCCGGCUACAGAGACCCGGCAGACCUCGGCGGUGAGAUCGGAGACAACGAGACCUCCAUCGACCUGAGCGCCUACAUCGACCCGUCGGCUUUCAACGACGACUUCUUGGCCGACCUGUUCCACCACAGCUCCCGGCAGGACAAGCUCAAGAUCAUGAACGGAGAAUAUGACUCUAUGCCGUGCGGCCCGGGGCCCCAGCAGCUCUACAUGUCCAACUACAUGGAGUCCAAGCUGGAGCCGCUCUACGAGCACAACCCGCCGCGCAUCCGACCGGUGGCCAUCAAGCAGGAGCCCCGUGACGACGAGGACCUGAACCCGGGCAUGCCCCCCACCUCCCACCACCCGCACCCGCACCCACAGCAGUACUCCCAGCAUUCCCAGCAGCAGCAGCUGCAGAUGCCGCACCUCCAGUAUCAGAUUGCGCACUGCGCGCAGACCACCAUGCACCUCCAGCCGGGCCACCCUACUCCUCCGCCUACCCCGGUGCCCAGCCCACACCAGCACCACCACCAACACCCGCACCAGCACCCGCAGCAGGGCGGCCUGAAGCUGCUGGAGCAGCGGGGAGGCGGGAAACCCAAGAAACACGUCGACAAGAGCAGCCCGGAGUACCGGCUGAGGCGCGAGCGCAACAACGUGGCCGUGCGCAAGAGCAGGGACAAGGCCAAGAUGCGCAACAUGGAGACGCAGCAGAAGGUUGUGGAGCUGACCGCCGACAACGAGAGACUGAGGCGGAGAGUGGAGCAUCUGACCCGGGAGCUGGACACGUUACGGGGCAUCUUCAGACAGCUGCCGGACGGAUCCUUCAAACCCAUGGGCAGCUGAGAGACUGGAGGUGGACUGGUAUGGAUUUAUACACACAAAUGGUUCUGCAGCUCUUCAUGUGUAUGGACGGACUGAGAGCUGUGAGGAGACUGAGGCAGCUGAGGUGUUCACUGCAAAAAAACCUGUUUAAACGAAGCAUCCUGUCUUUUCUGAGUCCUAAAACUCCAGUCAGCUGCUCAACCUUCAAAAGUUUGGUCUUAAAAAAAAUAAGAACAUAAAAUUAAAUAAAUAAAUAAAAGAACUUGCUCUCAGAGCAGUUUCUCUGGUGUCAGAUCAUAAAACAGGACAGAAAAUGACACCUGACUUUAGAAAACUCUCUUGUUUUAUUGGCUGCAGGUGAAAUCUUCUCACCUCCAUCUCAUCGGCUGAUUACUCUUCACUUGUUCUGAGAAAAUGAGAGUGGUGUUCGCUCAGUAAAAGACUGAAUGGCUCGUUCAGACUCCAUCUUUUGCUGUGUUCAUGUGCCUUUUUAAACUUUUGUGCAAAAGCCAAUAAGCUCGUUCCCCUGCAGAUCCACACGACAGAGGACUGGUUGUUUUUGUGCCUUAUUUCCGUACAGACUGUGUGCCGUGUCACACUUAACUCACAUAUCAGAGCAGCUAAGGUAGGGCAUGGUGGCGAUGAUCCCAGAUCAGCCUGUUGUGCAUGUUUUUCCUUAAUUAUUUUUGUUUGUUUUAUACAAGUUACCAUCUCCAUAUCCUCUCCUGAUAAACUAGAAUUUGUCUUUAUAGAGUUAUGAAAUGCAAAGUGCACACUGCUUUUAUAUAGGCUAAAGUGUAUGUGUAUGUAUGUAUGUUAUUUUCUUUCUGCAGAGACAGUAAUGCAUGGACGCCUGCUCAGUCUUAUGUCUCUCCACACGAAUGAGGUGCAGGGCUGUUGGCCCGCUCUGGUACGAGGUCUGUCUGAUGGUAUGGGCGGGCGAUAGCACAGCGUUGUCUGUCCACCAGUGCUCAGAGGACAGAAAGUCAAACUCAAGAGACAGAAAAAUCCUCUCAAAAAUAAAAAAAAGUCAAAUAUCUUAGCUGCAGCUUUUUAUUCACGGAGACAUGACGACUGUGAACGACUGUAACAUCUCCACACCCAUCGUGUCAGCUGAAAACCUUGUAAAUCCACUUUGAAGUUUGUGUUUUUCGUGCUUCCAAACCAGUUGGAGUAAAAGCAUUUGGGACCUUGCAGACCUUUGCACUAUGACAUAAAAAAAUGCUUCAUCUUCCUGCUCAAAAGCGAGGUGGCUCUUCUCUCUUAGGUUCCUAAAAGCUGAUGUUGUGGAGAUGCAAGUUCUUCGUCUGUAUGAAUGAUGAUCGCUGAGUUAUCGCUCAGCCCAGAGUCUGGUCAUUUAAAGCCAAAGUGAAAUAUACAAACACAUUCUCAAAAACAAAGACUGGAAUUGAAACUGUGGUACCUGCUUCAUCCUGUCACCGUCCACUGGAAACCCAGCGUCUCCAAACCCACUGGACCCCGUUGGUUUUUCUGCAGAGGACUGACUCUGUGGGAGACGUGUGGUUUCCAGAGGACGGUGGCAGGAAAGCAGCUCUGUCUUAUGCACUAUUUGUUGUCAAAUGAAGCACAGUGUUGUCUUUGACACAUGCAUGGGUACUGAUCUGAAAAGACGAAAACACGCCUCGUUCUACAUACGUGUAUUUAUGUGUCGUUGAUUUUGAGAAAAAACAAACAAAAACAAAAUGUGAAAGGUUUCUAUGCAACACGUUUCUUCCUCUUUUCCACUGUUGUAUUGUCUCUCUCUCUCUCUCUCUCUCUCUCACACACACACACACACACACACGCACACACGCAGAGUGCCUUCUGACCUUUGACCUCUUGCUGGUCUGCUUGUCGUGGAUUUUUAAAAAUCAAUGAUUUGUGUCAGUGAGGAAAAAGGAAGCACUUUUUUUUUUUUUACAAACUGAUGUUAAACCAACGUUUGUUUCAAAGUUAAGGUCUCAAUUGUAAAAUAUGCCUAUAUAUAAAUAUAUAUAUAUAAAUAAAUAUAUAUAUAUAUAUAAUACCAAAAAAUCUGAAUUCUAAUAAUAAAAGAGUUUGUUUUAUCA